AUGUGUUGGUUGAGGGGGUGGGUGGAACCUGAAAAAAUUAACCCGGAAUUUCUCGAACUGGUUCAUUGCAAUCAAGUAUCUGGAACACAAGGUGGCAAAAUUGAAACGGACGAUAAUAAUAAGAGGUUUCUUUCGAAUUUAGCCCAGUUCAAAAACCCGGCGGUCUAUAGACCACUGAGAUUGAUGCUGAUUAUUUUCUUCGUAUCUUUCGUAGUCAGCCUUUUCCCUACCAUACCAUUUAUCACCAAAAUAAUGAAAGAAGUUGGAUUAUUCGAUAACCAAAACGAAUCGUUGGUAUGA